UUAGGGAUUCCUGUCAGCUGUUUACACUUUGUUUUGAGGUUUUGUAAAUGUGUCACCUAAUUUAAAAAAUUAAAAUAUCAGUUACUAUGGCAAUAAAUUUGGUUAAUAAUUUUAAACUCGGCAGACAUUUAAAAAUAUUUACAAGAUGUUACUCGGAACAAUUUCCAAAAAUAACCACCCAUUACACAGUGUGUCCCAGAGAAAACGAUCCAAGAUGGAAAGAGGUGAAUAUGGAACGAUUCACCGACGAAACAGACAUCCUCAUAAUAGGCGGAGGACCAGCCGGUCUUUCGGCUGCCAUAAGAGCCAAACAACUAGCUGAAAAGGAGGGUAAAGAACUCAGGGUUUGUCUGGUUGAGAAAGCCUCCGAAAUCGGGGGUCACAUCCUAUCGGGAGCCGUAAUCCAACCCACUGCCCUCAACGAACUGAUACCGGAAUGGAAGGAGAUGGUCGACAAAAAUUUGGUGACGCCGGUAAAGGAGGAUAAGUUCGGAUGGCUGACUGAGACUGGAAGGUUUAACAUCCCAGUGUUUCCAGGUACGCCCAUGUACAACCACGGCAACUACAUCGUGAGACUUGGCCACGUGGUGCGUUGGUUGGGUGAGCAAGCCGAAGCCCUGGGCGUUGAAAUUUACCCCGGAUACGCCGCCUCCGAGGUGCUCUAUCACCCGGACGGUAGCGUCAAAGGUGUGGCGACCAACGACGUGGGAGUUGCCAAAGACGGCAGUCCCAAGGAAACUUUCGAAAGAGGGAUGGAGCUGCACGCGAAAUGCACGAUAUUUUCCGAAGGAUGUCACGGGCACUUGGCCAAACAAAUCAUCAACAAGUUCAACUUGAGGAAGAACGCCGAAAGCCAGACUUACGGUUUGGGUGUUAAGGAGUUGUGGGAGGUUGAUCCUGCAGUGCACGUACCCGGUAGGGUGGAGCACACUUUCGGCUGGCCGUUGGACAUCCACACGUACGGGGGAUCUUUCCUGUACCACUUGGACCAGCCCGCGCCCACCGUGGCGGUGGGCUUCGUCGUCGGGCUGGACUACUCGAACCCCUACCUGAGCCCCUUCAAGGAGUUCCAGAGGUUCAAGCACCACCCGUCGGUGAAGCGCUACUUCGAGAACGGCAAGAGGGUGGCGUACGGCGCCAGGGCGCUCGUCGAGGGCGGUUUCCAGAGCAUCCCCCAGCUGACGUUCCCCGGCGGCUGUUUGGUCGGCGACACUGCCGGCUUCCUGAAUGUGCCGAAGAUCAAGGGCACGCACAACGCCAUGAAGAGCGGCAUGCUGGCCGCCGAGAGCGUCUACGAGACUAUCAACGGGGAGAGUCAGGAGACGCAAGGCUUCGAGCCCAGGAUAUACGAGGAGAAAAUCAAGAACAGCUGGAUUUGGAAGGAGUUGAAGGCUGUGAGGAAUGUACGGCCGAGUUUCCAUAACCCUAUGGGUCUCUAUGGGGGUCUGGCUUACAGUGGGUUCUCCAUUGUGCUUGGCGGACGGGAACCGUGGACUCUCAAGCAUGGAGAUCCGGACCACAAAAGACUGAAACCAGCCAAGGAGUGCAAACCGAUAGAGUACCCGAAACCCGACGGAAAAAUCAGCUUCGACCUGCUGACGUCCGUGGCGUUGACGGGCACGAAUCACGAAGGCGACCAACCGGCCCACUUGACCCUGAUGGACGACGCGGCGCCCGUCAAGACCAACUUGGCCCUGUACGACGGCCCCGAGGGCAGGUUCUGCCCCGCCGGCGUCUACGAGUACGUGCCGGUGGAGAGCGGCGACGGCCAGAAGUUGCAGAUUAACGCGCAAAAUUGCAUCCACUGCAAGACGUGCGACAUCAAGGACCCGACGCAGAAUAUCAACUGGGUUGUGCCGGAAGGCGGCGGCGGGCCGGCUUACAAUGGAAUGUAAACGGGUUUUUAUGCAUGAUUUAUCAAAUUUUACCGAAAAUCUUUUUAGUUACCUAUUUAUUAAGUUUGUUUAUUAUUAAGUGCCCGCAAUUUACUGUAAAUAUGAUGUACACAAAAUAAUUGUAUUUUUUACUAAAAUAAAUUUUAUAUUUAUACAAAAUUUGUUA